AUGGCUGAGAAUCCUUUAAGCGUCGUGAUUGUUGGAGGUUCCCUCACUGCUCUAUUCCAUGGAAUCGUGCUUCGAAGACUUGGACAUAAUCAAAUGAGUCUUGGAGCCGGUAUAGCUGCCAUGGAACACGUCCAAGCCUUCAUUGAGAAAUAUGACGAGACAAAGACACCAUACUCUGUAACGAGUCCAAAUGUCCAAUAUCUCGAUCAAAAUGUCAAAGUCAAAAGCACGUGGAAUAUCUCCAUUGCAAUGACCAGCUGGAAGAUUCUAUAUAACGUCAUGAGAGCUAAUUUCGACGGUUUGACAAGUGACAUUUGUGCUCAACCUCCCAAGCUAACGGGGCGGCGGGGGGCGGCUAUCUAUGAACACGGGAAGGAAGUGACUGAAGUCGAAUACAAUGAUGGGCUAGUCACUGUCAAAUGCCGUGAUACGGGAACUGAAAUAUACGAAACAGUUCACGCUGAUCUCGUCCUUGUAGCUGAUGGAUCUUCUUCAAAAGUACGCCAGGCUUUGCAACCAAAUCUAAAGCAUAGUUAUGCGGGGUAUGUUGCCUGGAGAGGAACUGCGCCUGAACGUGAGAUUUCUGAAAAAACCAAAGCAACAUUCGCGUGCAAGACGACGUUCUUUGCGUACAAGCGCGGCUACAUUGUUCUUUAUACUAUCCCCGGUGAAGAUGGAAAUACUUCCCCUGGCCACCGACAACUCAAUUGGGUCUGGUACAAUCAACAUCCUGAGAGCUCACAGGAGUACAUUGACGUGAUGACGGAUAUUGAUGGGCAUAGGCACCGUACUACCUUACCCAUUGGAAAGGUAGACCCCCAAAAAUGGGAGCGUCAGAAAGCUCUCGCCCUUGGUAUCCUCCCUGAGUCUUUUGCCGAAAUGGUCCAAAAGACCACCAAACCAUUCAUCUCCGCCGUCAACGAUCGCGAAAUCGCCAAACCUUCCAUGUUUGAUAGAAAAUUACUUUUCGUGGGUGAUUCGCUUGCGACAUUUCGUCCGCAUGUGGCUUCGAGUACUAAUCAGGCGGCGCUGAAUGCACAGCUGCUGGAACAGUUGAUGAGGGGGGAGAUUAGCUCUGAGGAAUGGGAGGCUAAGGUUCUCGCUUUUGCAAAUUUUACGAAAGUGAGGAGUGAACUUUGGGGGGCUUAUUAUGUAUUUGGGAUUGCGACGCCAAUUUUUGUGUCGACGUUCUUUCGUUAUUGGAAAACGGUUGUUGUGCAAGCUUUCUGGAGGCGUAUUUACGGUUAG